UGUCUGAGAGGCAGUCAGAAACAGAGCAGAGCAGGGGAGCAGAGGUGAUCUCACACUCAUCAGCACAGGAUAACACAACCAUGAUGGGUUGAUUUGGGGGGGAGUCGUUUGGAGGAAGGAAGUGUGCGUUCAUCACUUGCCCAGCCAUGGAGACCAACAAAGUUCUGCAUUUCGUGCCUUCUGAGGCGCCUCCAUCUGGGAUGUCCAAGAAUGGAUACUUCUUUCAGGAAAUGGAGCAGCGGGAGGCAGAGCAAGACGAGGGCAGCGAAGACCGAGAGGAGACACAGGACUCACCCAUCGCCUGUGGAGACGACAUCCACCUUUAUGACAACCAGAUCAGCCCUGGAACAGAUGCUGAUGACUGUGGCUGUGUGUUGCUGAACACGUCAAGAAGGUAUGUGAAGCUGAUGAACUUUGAGGAGGAGGUCCGCGCUCUGCGGGACUUGGACGGCUUCCUGGCAAAGGCCAGUAUCCUGUUGGACGAGACGGCCGCCUCCCUGGACGACGUCCUCAAGAGGAUGCUGCACCACGUGGGUCAGGACGGCCAUGCGUAUGAGCCCAGCUGCAACUUUGAGGAGGUGAUGAGCCUGCUUUUCACAGACGCAGGAGCUCAGGAGGUCAACGACAAUUCUCAAAGUUUCGUUUUCUUUGAUGACGUUCACCUGCUGUCAGAGACCAUUCAGGGGGUGACAGCCACAGCCACUGGGAUCCAGUACCAGCAGUCCUGGCUCUGCAUCCUCUGCAACGUGAAGCAUCUCCAGCGGCGUCACGUCUGCAUCUCCCGCCUGGAGAGACCGCAGAACUGGGGGGAGAACUGCUGCGAAGUCCGUUAUGUCAUCCUGAUUUUGGCCCCAUCCAAAAUGAAAAGUACGAAGACGGCGAUGGAGCUGGGCAGGACGUUUGCCACCCUCUUCUCCGACAUCUCCUUCAGGCAGAAGCUGCUGGAGACGAAGACGCAGGAGGAGUUUAAGGAGGCGCUGUUGUUCCAGAGGCACCAGCUGACGGCAGCCAACCAGCAGCCCACCGCUCUGGGAAAGGAGGAGACGGACCCUCGCAGCCACAAACCGCUCAAAUGUAAAGAUUUCUUCAAAGUGGGCCGGGGCAUUUAUGAGGACUUCUGCCGCCGGCUGCCGUUCUACCCCUCUGACUUCACAGAUGGUAUAGUUGGCAGUAAUAAAACCUUGUUGAAGUACAUGACCACAGCCAUCUUCCUCUACAUCGCCAUCCUCCUCCCAGCGAUCGCUUUCGGAUCCCUGAACGAUGAGAGCACCCGCGGCGAGAUAGACGUUCGGAAAACGAUCGUCGGCCAAAGCAUCGGUGGGAUCAUCUACUCCUUGUUUGCAGGCUCUCCUUUGGUCAUCCCUCUCACCACAGCACCUCUUGCCAUCUUCAUCAGUGUGAUUCGAGGAAUCUGUGACGACUACAACCUGGACUUCCCAGCCUUCUAUGCUUGCAUUGGUUUGUGGAACUGCCUCUUCCUCAUUCUGGGGGGGAUUUUUAAUGUCAGCCUACUGAUGAAGCUCUUCAAAAGGUCGACAGAGGAAGUCAUUGCUCUGUUUAUAUCCAUUGCAUUUGUGGUCGAUGCUGUAAAAGGAACUGUCAAAAUCUUUCAAAGGUACUACAACGCCCCCACAUCAACCAACAGAAGCUUAGAGGACUUUCGUCAAGGCGGGGAGUUGCUGGAGGGAAACAGGAGCGAGGUGGCAGCCAGGUUGAUGCUCAACGCACUGCCAGAGACCAUCAUCCAGUGCUCCCGGGAGAGGCCCGUCCUCUGCCUGCUGCUGAUGCUUGGGACAUUAUGGAUGGGAUACACCCUCUACCAGUUCAAGAGGAGCCCGUUCCUGCACGCCAAAGUGAGAGAGGUGCUGUCGGACUGCGCCUUGCCCAUUUCUGUGCUCUUGUUCUCUUUCAUCGGAUCCUACAUCUUCAGUGACAUUGAGCUUCCGGUGUUUAAAGUCCACAACCGGCCCAUCUUCAACGUGGCUCCAUUUGAGCGUCUGUCAGCCAUGAAUGUGGUCAGCGCCAUGGGACUCGGCUUCCUCCUGGCACUCCUCAUCUUCAUCGACCAGAACAUUGUGGUCUCACUGACCAAUGCCCCAGAGAACAGGUUGCUUAAAGGUACUGCGUAUCACUGGGACCUGAUGCUCUCUGGGCUCAUUAACAUACUGAUGUCGGUCCUUGGGUUACCCUGGAUGCAUGCUGCCUUUCCUCACUCCACCCUUCAUGUGCGGCAGUUGGCUUUUGUGGAGCAGCGCGUGGAGGGCGGCCACCUCUAUGAGACCAUCGUACAGGUGAAGGAAACCCGCCUGACAUCUCUGGCUGCAAACAUCUUCAUCGGCGUGUCCCUGCUGCUGCUUCCCGUCCCACUGCAAUGGAUCCCCAAGCCAGUGCUGUACGGCCUUUUCCUCUACAUCGCUCUCACCUCCAUCGACGGAAACCAGAUGUGUGAUCGCAUGGCUCUCCUCCUGAAGGAGCAGACAUCCUACCCUCCAACCCACUACAUCCGCAAAGUACCCCAGAGGAAGAUCCACUACUUCACCUUCCUUCAGAUGAUGCAGCUCCUGGUGCUGUGCACGUUUGGCAUGUACCCCAUACCGUACAUGAAAAUGAUCUUCCCUCUGGUCAUGAUAUUCCUAAUCCCAAUCAGGAACAACGUGCUUCCUCAUAUCAUUGAGGCCAAAUACUUGGACAUAAUGGAUGCCCAGCACAUGUAGCAAAAGAUGGACUCACUCCUUGGAUCCUCCCCAAAAGAUGUCUGGAUUAAAAAAAAAAAAGAAAGAAGAGAAGAGAACAAAGACAUAUUUUUGAUGCAAAACUAUAAGGCGGAAAAAAGAAAAAGUACUGUUUGGAUUUUUUUUAAAGUACAUUCUUUCAGGUGAAGCACUGGAAAUGUGUGUGUGUGGGGGGGGGGGCCGUGGUAUCUACUUUCCAGCCGGCAGCAUCUCUCAGUGGAAACCUUCAACGACCAAAAGGAGCGUCCAGAAGUGUGUGUUUCUGCCUCCGUUUGACCCUGUGGGGUGCUUCGGCGCCAUUUACCUCUGUGUUCUCCUCUCACUCUCUAACCUUUUAUGGUCACACUUUACAAUCUCCUCACUGCAGUGUGUUUCUAUCUGUGGGAAAGUACUCACCGAUGCUUUGGAAAGGAUGCUGCUUGUGUACAGAGUGUUGUUCAAAGAGGGACGUAACGACAAAAGGCAGGAAAGACCACGGUCGUACGAUGACACUUUGCACUCUCGUUGUGUUGUUACACAGUCAUAGGAGUAUGUUUUGCAUACGCACACAGUGUUUUUAAGUACUUUGAAGCACUCUGGGGUGGGUCCGUUAAAAGCACUGCAUUUUGGCUGCUGUAAAGUGAGCCUGGAACCUUUUGUACAUCCGUCACUGUGCAGUGUGUGAACAAUCUUUCUCCCCUUUGCACCUUUUAGCUGCCCUUUUUUCUAUGAAGGACAUGUCUGAUGGCACAUCACUGGUCCAACAAACGCCACUGUACAAGAGCAGAGUGGUCCGUCUGUGCGUCGCAGCGCUGACCUGUCCUCCACCCGGCCAGAAAACGGCUUUACAGACCGAAUAAUUACUGAGAUUAGUCAAUAAAAAGCACGUUUGACGGGUAUUUGUCAAAUUUAGGAUGACAGCUUAAAACCAAAAACAUAGAUGUUUUAAGGAAUAUAUUUGAAUAUAUAUAUAAAGACAAUAUCAGAAUAUAUUAUUGGUCAAACUAAAAUGAAAUAUUUAUUUAUGAUAAUGAUAGUUUAUCUUUAUUAAAUAAUAUCACUGUGUGUUUACCCCGUUCCUAGGGACAGAAAGUGUCACUUUAUGUCGGAUCCUUUACAUUCCAGCGUCUCCUCCACAGUUUGUCUUGCAUAUCGCUUUUCUACAGUGUUUGCGUGUCAAAGUCUUGGUCGUCUCACGUCAACAUUGUUCACACGUCAGGUUAAAGGUGAAAAGAAAUGCUGAAAAACUCUUUUUUUUUAAAGAAAAGAACGUUUCUGUUUAUGAACAAUAACUCCAAGAUUUAAAGAAAAAAAAAGAGAAAACAACAGGCUCUUAUUUCUAUAUAAAUGUUUUGAUUAGAUUUGUGCUUGCAAAUGUUGUCAUGUUAUAAUGCAGCAGUACGGAGACAUUUCUCUAGUUAUCUAUGGUUCAAAAGGAAGAAAAAAAGAAGAAUUCAAAGCCCUGGUUUGCUUUCCAGCAUGUCUCCUUGGGGUUUUUUGAUACAAGCCGACAUGCAUCCUACCAGAGAAAAGCAAGGUAGCAAGUCCAACAGCAGCUUCUCACGGAAAACAAAUGCAACACUGAAUAUUCAGCAAUACUGUGCAUGAAACCGAACCUGGAAGGGUGAGACUUGGGUUUCCCGCCGCUGAAGCAAUGACUGGCUCGCUGCAUUUUUAAGGCAGCAACUUUUCAGUCCAUCCUUGUGGGAGUGAAAAAAAAACUGUUCUGCUGAUUCAAUUAUUUUACAGUUGAUCCUGUCAAAGAGGUGUUCACAGUUUUACGACAGCGUCACCGCGUUCUCGCUAUUCGAAUGGCAGCUCCCUCGUGCAGCUCUCUUCAACUUUGUCCUACAGAUGUGAGAAAGAUGUCCAAUUUAGGGAGAUGCCUCAUGCUGAGAUAGUGAGGCAUGAAAGGGAAGCUUGGCAGCAUUUGCAUAAUCCUUGGACUAAGCCUUAAAACAUCACUGGUGGAGGAAGAAAGAGAUGGUGAGGAAUAAAGUAAUAUGGACAUUUUGCAAUGCAGAUUUCCUUUUUAUCCAAUCUCCAUUAUAAUCCAUGGCAACAUUUCAGUUCCUUACUUUGGGCUGAGAGCAGAAGUUCACUGAUCCUUCCUCUUAUGUGACAGUACUGUUGUUGUUCCUUGAUAUUUUUACUGUUCUGAUCAUUCUGGAAUAGCAGCAAACUUCUGUCAGAGAGUUAGAUUUUUUGGAUUUAGAAAGAAACUAUUCUGUGAAAUACCUGCUCCUCGCCUUUUCCUGAUUCAAUUUGUUAAAAAAGAAACUUGCGUACAGUGGUGUUUUGUUUCGUUUGUUUCUUUUCCUGAUUUCAUAUAACCUACUUUUUCUAAUUAUGAAUGUAUGAAGUGUGGAUUUUUAUAUAGCAUAUAAUUUCGGUGUCAAACAGAACCUGUAAUUUUGUCAAAAAGAUCGGCUAUAUUUGUAAGCUGUAAUAUGUAAAAAAACGAGAAAAAAAGGUUAUCAAGCAGAAUGUGUUGGUUUACUAUAGUACAUAUAAAUAUAUAUAUAAAUAUAUAUAUAUACUCUUCACUAAAAAAUGAGAAUCUAUCUCAAGCUGUUUGCCAAAUAAAAGUAGUAGUGACAUAAAAA